AUGGUCAUCGUGGGAUUUAUGAGCGACCCUUGGGUGCGGGGCACUGUACUGAGCGCGGGCACUGUACUGAUCGCUGUCCCCGGGGAUCUCCGGGGUCCCGACGGGGGUCCGCGGGGGAGCUGCCCGGGCUGUGUGAGCUGCUCGGAGGAGAACGGCUGCCUGUCCUGCCGCGACAAGCUCUUCCUCCACAUCGGCCGCGCCGGGCUGCGCCAGGUGGGCCUCUGCCUCCACGACUGCCCCCGGGGACACUUCGGCCUGCGCGCACGCGACGCCAACCGCUGCAAGAGGUGCGGUCCCGCCUGCGAGAGCUGCUUUAGUCAGGACUUCUGCAUCCGCUGCACCAGUGGCUCCUUCCUGCACCGGGGCAAAUGCCGGCCCACCUGCCCGUCGGGUACCCAGCCCCGGCCCGGAGACGACCGGGAGUGCCAAGAGAACAGCAUGAGCAGGAGGAGAGGAAAGAAGGAGCGGGCACAGCAGAAGGAGAGGAAACUUGAGCCAUCUCCCUAAGGCUCAUUCCCGGCCCCCCGCCCCAGGGACCCAAGCACCCUCCACUGCCCCCCAAAUCCGCCUGGAGAGUCAGUCCGUCAGUCAAUCGUAUUUAUU